AUGCGUUACCUACAUGCCACCUUAGGCGAGAGUCCACAGGCCUUCACCGAGCGCUUGAAGAUAGAACCAAGCAAGGGAUCUAUCACUCAAGAGGGGUCGUCGAUCUUUGAAUUGAGAUCGUCAGCUGUCACUGUGCCGACGGCCAUCUUCAUCCAAGGAUUCCGACUCGGAGACUACAUUGAAAGCCACUCGGGUCUGGCUUUGUCUAAGAUCGGCAUGUCUACACAACAUGAAGGUGACCAUAACGCCAGGGGUACCUUGAAAGCCGAAAAUGCUGGCAGGACGAUUAAAAACGUUACCAAGGACACACGCAAAAAGCUUGACGACGUGACAGCCCUAAAAAAGGGAGAGGUUUAUGGCAAAAUCGAGUUCUACAAGCGGGCUAAAUCUUGGUACAAAGGCAAAAUCAACCGCCUGCUCCAUCUCGACGAAGUGAAACAGCCCACCCGCGCGGCAAAGCGAAUGGCGGCCGAAUUGGCAGCGGGUAAUAAUCCUCCCAAGCGGUGCCCAGCGCGCGAGAAGAAGGCGACGGCAUCCGUGCAGCCGGCCCCAAUCCAACCCCACCACAAGAAGCCCAUAACACCGACCAAGAUCGCAGCACCGGGCACUGAACCCCGGGCCGACCACCCAGGGAGUUCAGAACAAAACGAAACAAGAGGCGACUACACCCUGACCGCAUACGACGGGACCCAGUUAUGUAACGGCGACGAGGGCGAGCACAGCCCUUCUCUGGACGUGGAGGAUUUUUGCAAGACGCUGGAGACUGCGGUGGAGGGGAUGGUCACAGUGAUUUCGGAUAGAGACUACAUGCAUUUCCCCGCGGUAGGCCCAGGCCCGGAGUCUGUUGGAGAUGCUGAGGGUGCGUUUGGGCCGGGCGAAGCGGAUGAUCAUCCCGGAAACGGAGAAGGGGGGAUUUGUAGACAAGGCCGGGCAGCGUCCGCUUCCCGUCCUGUUGAGAUACCGGAACAUGCGCUGUGCGUUGGGAGAUCGGUACGAGAGGCCGCGGGCUUUGAACCCGUUGCCGCGCCGGCGUCGGCGGAGGAAGGGCCGCGGCCUACUAUUACGGUUGGCCCCAUUGCCGAUGCGAGUGAUCAUGGCAGCCCGGCGCAGAAUGGCACACUAAGUGUUGCUCAGGCAAGCGGCUUGGUGGCAGAUGUAGCCGGUAAGAGGCAGGACAUGAGCGGAGAAGCGAGCCCGGCGCACGAGGCGGACAUGGAGAUCAGUCCAACGCCGGGGCGGUGGCGGAGACAUGGUCCGCUUAUGGCAAAGAGGGAUAAAGGCUCACAGUUGGAAGAUUUGGGAGCCAAUGUUGUGGAAGUUUUGGGACUGAAGUUUGCUGUCGAUCUGUGUGCUUGCAGACCUGUCGGUGGAUUGCCGGGGUCAAGGAUGGCGUGA